AUGUCAAAACAACUAAGAAACAAAUUUAUAAUUUCAAGCAUUUACACUGUAUUACCACACGUAGUAUUUUUCUGGAUAAGAAUGCUUGGAUUUUUUACACUAUAUGUGUUUUCUAUUGCUGAGCAUAUUAAAUUUGUGAGAAAUACUGAUACAGACUCAGCUGAUGAUUUUGUUUACAUUAUACAAUUUGGUCUCUUUCAGCUUUACUUUGUAUCUAAAUCUCUUAUCCACGGCAACAUCUUUGGAUUUUACUUAGGAAUAGCUCUAAUGAUACAUAAUACAGUUCUCACACUAUUUGCUCCUAAAACGUCACCUGCAGAUUUGUCCAAAAAAUAUUGGGUUGUGCUUUAUUUAAUU